AUGCAACAGUCUCCUACAACACAACCUGGUCCUUCUACUGUACCACAGUUUGUUGUGAUUCACGACCAAAUGCAACAGUCAUGGAAACAUCCAGUCGUACAUUAUGUUUUUGAAGACGAGCCUUUCCCUUCAAAUACGCCCAAAGAAAGGUGCAUUUUAGUAAACCUUAAAGAAGAUGGUGAAAGUGUGGCCGAUUGUUACUCUUUUAGUCAUACUUUUCAAGUAUCAAAUUAUAAAAUCAGUUCAACACCGCAGAUGAACACGACGGGUCCUGGCGGCAAAGAAUCUUCUACAAGUACUAGUCUAAUGUUAACGAUUGAAGGAAUGUCUGCAAAAAAUUCCACGGUAAAUAAUGAAAAUCAAAUUGGUUACAAAGAAGAAUUUGAUCAAUCAUCAAACGUGUUUGGAUUAGAUGAAUUGGUACAUGACUACAAACGAAGGUAA